CCGCGGUGUCGGUGCAAUAAAAAUGCAUCCCAUGGAACUGCCCAUGGAGAAGGACGGGACCGAGACGCGGCAGCCACAGGAGGUGGUACACGCGGAGGAGGACGCGCAAGAGGCGGCGGCGGCGGCCGGGAAGUGAAAGGUCUUGCAAAGUUCAGCGGCCGCUGCGGGCUGCCGAGCCCCGGAGGAGGGCAGCGCGACCAGGCCGGCGAUGGUCCCGGGGCUCCCGCCACCCCCAAGGUGCCCGGGCCCCGCCAGGCCGGUGCGCGAGGGUCACCCCGCCGCCCGGCGCGGCCCCGGCCCGCGGCUCCGCGUAGCCGGUGCCCACUGACCGAGCCUGGUGCCCCAGGAGGACGAGGAAAUAAAGAGCCCCGGGUUCUCCCGAGGACGGUUGGCGCUUCAUCCCACAGCCGAGAGGUCUCGGCUCCCUCCCGGCUCUGCCCGGCCAUGGGGAGCUGCGCGCGGCUGCUGCUGCUGCUCUGGGGCUGCUCGGCGGUGGCCGCAGGUGUGAGUGGAGUAGCUGGAGCCAGUUCCCGCUGUGAAAGAGCCUGCAACCCUCGCAUGGGGAAUUUAGCUUUAGGGAGAAAACUCUGGGCUGACACAACCUGUGGUCAGAAUGCCACUGAACUGUACUGUUUCUACAGUGAGAACACUGAUCUCACUUGCCGGCAGCCCAAAUGUGACAAGUGCAAUGCUGCCCACCCUCGUGUGGCUCACCUGCCAUCUGCCAUGGCAGACUCAUCCUUCAGGUUUCCCCGAACAUGGUGGCAGUCUGCAGAGGAUGUGCACAGAGAAAAGAUCCAGUUAGACCUGGAAGCUGAAUUCUACUUCACUCACCUAAUUAUGGUGUUCAAGUCCCCCAGGCCAGCAGCUAUGGUGCUGGACCGAUCACAGGACUUUGGAAAGACGUGGAAACCUUACAAGUACUUUGCAACUAACUGCUCAGCUACAUUUGGCCUGGAAGAUGAUGUUGUCAAGAAGGGAGCCAUUUGUACCUCUAGAUACUCCAAUCCGUUUCCAUGCACUGGAGGAGAGGUUAUUUUCAGAGCUCUGUCACCACCAUAUGAUGCAGAGAACCCUUACAGUGCCAGAGUCCAGGGGCAGCUGAAGAUCACCAACCUCCGUGUGCAGCUGUUGAAGCGACAGUCUUGUCCCUGCCACAGAAAUGACCUGAAUGCAAAGCCUCAACAUUUUACACACUAUGCAAUCUAUGACUUCAUUGUCAAGGGCAGCUGCUUCUGCAAUGGCCACGCUCAUCAAUGUGUACCUGUUGAUGGCUUUAGACCCAUCAAGGCCCCAGGAGCGUUCCAUGUGGUCCACGGGAAGUGCAUGUGUAAGCACAACACAGCAGGCAGCCACUGCCAGCACUGUGCAUCACUGUACAAUGACCGGCCCUGGGAGGCAGCUGAUGGCAGAACAGGGGCUCCUAACGAGUGCAGAACUUGUAAGUGCAAUGGCCAUGCUGACACCUGUCACUUUGACAUCAAUGUGUGGGAGGCAUCAGGGAAUCGCAGUGGUGGUGUCUGCAACAACUGUCAGCACAACACAGAAGGUCAGCAUUGCCAACGCUGCAAGCCAGGCUUCUACCGUGACCUCCGGAGACCCUUCUCUGCUCCAGACGCUUGCAAAGCAUGUUCCUGCCAUCCCAUUGGAUCAGCUGUCCUUCCUUUCAGCUCAGUGACAUUCUGUGACCCAAGCAAUGGUGACUGCCCUUGCAAGCCUGGGGUUGCAGGGCCACAUUGUGACAGGUGUAUGGUGGGAUACUGGGGCUUCGGAGACUAUGGCUGCAGACCCUGUGAUUGUGCAGGGAGCUGCGACCCUCUCACGGGAGACUGCAUCAGCAGCAGCACAGACAUCGACUGGUAUCAUGAAAUCCCUGACUUCCAUUCCAUGCACAAUAAGAGCGAGCCAACCUGGGAAUGGGAGGAUGAGCAAGGAUUUUCUGCACUUCGACACUCAGGUAAAUGUGAAUGUAAGGAACAGGUGUUAGGAAAUCCCAAGGCAUUCUGUGGAAUGAAAUAUUCAUACGUGCUAAAAAUAAAGAUUUUAUCAGCUCAUGAUAAAGGUUCUCAUGCUGAGGUCAACGUGAAGAUUAAAAAAGUCUUAAAAUCCACCAAACUGAAGAUCUUAAGAGGAAAGAGAACACUAUACCCAGAAUCAUGGACAAACAGAGGCUGCACGUGUCCAAUCCUCAAUCCUG